UCCAAGCAGUAUCAGGCACUAUAAUAAUCUUACACCAUCCAUCCAUUCUGAUUGUUCUGCUUGAUCAAUAGGUUAACUGAUUUGAACGCUGUGAUUUUUAGGGACCACAAGAUUGAGGGACUGGACGCCCAAUGGGACGUCACCCAGUUUGAGGAUGUGCAGUUCAACUCGGUUUACGAUCACAUCUUGAGCGUCCUCGAUCCGGAGACUCGUACCGGAGCAAUUUGUUUCCUGUCCGAUAGUCUUGCGUUUCCGAACCUCUCCAUGUACUUGUAUCACACCCACGGCGUCUAUGAUAUCAUCAUAUCCGAAAUAACCAAAAUCUACCCCGCCCUGGCCGAUGGUACGUUGAACCUAACCCUAGCAAGCAACGCCCACUAUGCCCUUCAACUGUUGGAGGUUAUCGUGACCAAUCGCAGACUGCAGGAAAAAUUUUUGGAGGGGAAUAAACCGGAAUGCGUCUACCAAAUUUUCAUGAGAGAACCCACAACGAAAUUCGAGGGAUUGUUGCGCAGGGACUGCUUGAAAGUGUUGGACGCGUUGGCUCUUCAUACUGGGUUGCCAGUAUCGAAGUUCUUCAUUGACACAAAGUACUUAACACUUUGCGUCACACUUCUCAAGUCCAAGGACUUGGGUGAAGUAGAAACGGCACUGCGCACUCUGAAGACAUUCCUGCACUCUCCGGUUGGACCGGAUCAUGUGAACGAGAACGAGUUAACUUUACCAUGGAUUUUGGAAGCGCUGUCUUGUGCCACAACAACAGUUCUUAAGAAAUCGGAAGCUGGUACUAUUUCUACCAUAAUAAUGUGCUAUUUAAAGUUGGCGGAGGAUCAAAGAUCGAUUUUGUAUUUACCCCAGAUGGUUCACGAAGAUAUAUGGAAUGGAAAAUUGGAUAAUAUUAUCGAAUGUCAUUUGAAGCAAUUCAGAAGAUAUUUGCUAAUAAAAGUCGGUCAUGCCGACUCUUUGUAAAUACCUGAAUUGCUAGUUUAAAUUAAUUUAAAUUGUGUUAACAUUGAUAAAAUAAUUGGAUUUUAUGUUUUUUCUUGUAAUCAUUA